CCUAUCAGUCAGCUUAAUUUAACCCCUCUCUCUCAUGCACAACAUCCCAGAGUUCUCUCUGCUCCAGUUUGACAAGGAGAACUGGAAUGCACACAAAUCACAUGAAGGACACAAACAAUAACUUCAACAAAUCUCUCCUUUAUGACCAAAAGGAGAAGCUUAUCCAGUCAAUUAAAAAGAUUAAACAUGAAAUUGAUGAAUGUUAUGAAGCGGAGAAUGACACCUUUGUGGAAGCACUGGCGGUUGAGAACAGAUUUGAAGAGAUAGAACGUGAAAUCCGAGCAGAGUUUCAGAACCUCCAUCGCUUUCUAUAUGAGGAAGAGGAGAUGGACCUGGAACGACUGAGGAAGGAAAGGGAUCGUCGAGUGAAGAUCUUAAAAGACAGAGAGAAGAAGAUUGCAAUGCAGGGCAGAGAUCUAGAAAGAGCCAUCGAGACUUUAAACUGCAAGCUGAGGGAAGAUGACAGUCCCAAACUUCUCAAGGAAAUCAAAGAGCUGCUGAAAAGAUGCGAAGUCAAUUUUAUCCGGCCUGCCCCAAUAGACAGUGAAAUCUGCAGUGGUCAGUUUGUUGGGCCCAUUCAGUACAGGAUCUGGAAGCACAUGAAAACAUCCCUUUACCCAAACAUAUCUACGCUGACCUUUGACCCUGAAACGGCACAUCCCCUGUUGACGCUGUCUCCUGAGAGAACAUCUGUGAUUUUUGAGGAGGACAAGGAAGUGCCUAAGGAGAACCCUGAUGAAAGAAACCCAAAACGCUUUCAUUACUACUAUUGCGUAAUGGGCUCCGAAAGCUUCACACAUGGACGCCAUUACUGGGAGGUGGAGGUGAAAGGCAAAUCCGCCUGGCGAGUGGGUGUGGCCAAAGCGGACGUACACCGUGGGGAGAUGGACUCCACUACCACGUUGAACGGAAUGUGGACGUUGUCCCUCAGAAAUGGCUCGAUGACGGCCUGCACCCAUCCGAAGCCCACACAGGUGCGCUCGUCCGCACAUCUCGUACGCAUCGGCAUCUUUCUGGACUGUGAUAAAGAGGAGGUGUCUUUCUACAAUGCUGUGACCAUGGCGCCACUCUUCUCCUUCUUCAUGGGAACUGUUUUAGAGCCAAUCUAUCCGUUCUACAACCCAUGCGACAACGAUGAAGGGAAGAAUUGUGCCCCUCUUUCUAUCUUUCAUCCAUCACUCUGAGAAGACCGGGGUAGUAGAUGGAUGUUUGCUGUCUUUCUGAUCAGCAUCACACCUUAAAAAAAUUCUGUAGGAAUUACAGUGUUACUUGCAGCUGGUUGACGGUAACUUACCGUAGAUUUAAAUAUAUGUUAUUUACUGGCAACAUUUUGUUUAAAUUAAAUGAACAUUAAACAUCUUUGUCUUUACAGAGUAAAUCUAAAAUAACAGCAUCAAGCAAAGCAUUCUGGCAAACAAUCUGAAGCAAAAAAAAAAAAACAGAAAAAGGUUGAUGAUGAUUUCUGGUUACCAGAAUUCUUUGCAUGAGGCUGUUAUUGUAUAAUUUUAUUCUUUAAAGAUAAAGACUUGUUAAUAUUUAACAUUUAUUUAACUUUGAACAAACUCUUGCCAGUAAAUGACAUAAAUUUAAAUCUACGGUAAAUUACCGGCAACCAGCUGCAAGUAACACUGUAAUUUUUCGGGGUUUUUUUUACAGUGCACAUUAAAUGUUGAAGGCAUAGAAAUAUCACUAUAGAGAGCAGUUCCUAAUGCUUAGUUGUCUGUGGGUCAACUAUUUGAAUUAACAGUAAGUUACUGUAAUGUGAUAUUCAGUACAGGAAGAGUAGAUUUUUGCGGUGUAUUGUUUCAUGCUACAAUUAUUAUUUUUUAUAUGUAUACAAAAAAUAGUUCACCCAAUAAUGCAGUUUCACCCUUUCAUAUUAAUUUUUAAAUAUUAAUUUAAUGCAGUUGUUUAUUUUUGUGGUAUACAAUGAUGUUGGAACAGAUGGCCAUGGGUACAUAAUGACAAACAUUUUUGGUAACCUAUUUUAUUUUUUUAUCAUUUUUUUUAUUUCUAUGCACUUUAUUUAUAAAAGAUGUCAUCAUGCAAUCAUGUUUGCAAGCCAUCUGUGAAUCUCUAGGAAUGUUCUGACAUUAUAAAAAUGAGAAGGAAAACCUUAACCUUAAGCUCCGCUAAUGUGGUGGGCAAUUUCUUAAUUUUUACCUUCUGAUUUCUGACUUUCAUUAUGUGCAUGUUUCUAGUUACAUCUUUUUGAUCUUGCAAAUGUUAGCUAUGUCUUGUUUAAAGAAGUGGAUUUUUUUAGAAGAGGAGUUUUUUGCUAAAAAAAAGUUGCAUGCACUUAGAGGGUUUUGCGGUGAAAGACAGUCAAAUUUGUUAAAUUGCAAUAAAAUGACUGUAUGAAGUGAGAUUUUGUGAAAAUACAGCAUUUCAGUGACUGACUUAUAACAUUUUCAUUGCCAUUAAAAUGAAAUGACUGAUGCACUUUUUUCGGUUUUGCAUCUGAACUCUUUAUAUGGUUACCUCAUACUGUUUACCUCUAUGUGUCUAUAAAUACAGACACAACUGUUAUGUUUAGCCCUGGCACUACAAUGGAAACUAUGUGUUGUUGGAAAGCCAAAAAAGGGAGACAGAGAGAGGGGAGGUAAAUGC